AUGCUACAAUUCGUGAUUGUUAGAUUUAACGGUUCCACAUUACAAAAAGGAGGAGGGGGUGAUGGGGAUGAAGGUGGUGCCGAAGGUGGACUUUGCGGUGGUGGUGAUGGUGAUGGAGGUGAAGGAGAGGGUAAAGGUGGUGGAGGUGAUGUAGAAGAAGAUGGGGGCGAGGGUGAAGGUAGUGGAGGUGAUGAAGAUGGAGGAGGUGGAGAGGGUGAUGGGGAUGGUGGUGGUGACGAAGGUGGACUUGGUGGUACCGAUGGUGAUGGAGGUGGGGGUGAGAGUGUAGGUGAAGGCGGUGAAGGUGAUGGAGAGGGAGAAGGUGGAGAGGGUAAAGGUGGUGGAGGUGAUGAAGAUGGAGAAGUACAAAAAGGAGUAGGAGGUGAUGGGGAUGGAGGUGGUGAUGAAGUUGGACUUGGUGGUGGUGAUUGUGAUGGAGAUGGAGGUGAAGGUAAAGGUGAUGGAGGUGAUGGAGAAGGAGAUGGGGGGGAGGGUGAAGGUAGUGGAGGUGAUGAAGAUGGAGGAGGGGGAGAGGAUGGUUUCACGAUUUUACAAUCCGUGACUGUUAGAUUUAAUGGUUCCACAUCACAAAAGGGAGGAGGGGGUGAUGGGGAUGGAGGUGGUGACGAAGGUGGACUUGGUGGUGGCGGUGAUGCUGAUGUAGGUGGAGGUGAAGGCGAAUGUGGUGGAGGUGAUGGAGAGGGAGAAGGUGGCGAAGGUGAAGGUGGUGGAGAUGAUGAAGAUGGAGGAGGUGGCGAGAGUGGUGUUAUGGUUGCACAACAACAUUGA